AUGACCUGACCUGGCAACUUAAAGAGGAAAUCGGGAUUAACAUUCAACUAAUUCUAGUCUUUGCCUUCCCAGAGGCUUUCGACCUGUGUCGUCUUAGCCUAACCUACCCGUACUGAAUCAAAGCGCUGAAGGUGGCUUCUGCUAGGGUCUCAAAUUUUACUCAAAGUUAUCUGCCCUUUGCCGUAUUUUCCCCCUCCUUUUUCUCCGAAGCCCGCUUUGUUGGAUAAAGCGAUUUUCCCUCCCUUGUUCUCACACAGAACGCUAGUCAUUCGUGCGCUGCCUUGAACUUCGUGUGAACCGAAUUCUACUCUUUUAAUUUUGUGGAUUCCUUCAUGGCUGUUUUAUUCUGGAUUCGACUUCUUAGAAUUAUGUGAAAAAAAAAGAACAAGCAACAUAGGUGUGCACUGCUUGGAUGCAUUGUGUGAUUAUGGAUGAGCAGCCAUGGAAACCAAAACACGUGCUUAUAAUAGUCAGGCAUGGGGAAAGUGUCUUCACCCAGCAGAAUCUUUUUUGUGGAUUUGCACAUGAUGCUGACUUGACUGAUGUAGGAAUACAGGAAGCAAUAAGAGCUGGCAAGCUGCUAAAAGAGAACAAUAUACAAUUGGAUAUGGCUUUUACUAGUGUGUUGAAAAGAGCAAUUAAAACUUUGUUUUACAUUCAAGAAGAGCUUGAUUGCCAUUGGUUACCAGUAGUCAAAACCUGGCGUCUUAAUGAAAGGCAUUAUGGAGCACUUCAAGGUCUUCAUAAAUCUGAAACUGCAGAGAAGUACGGAGAGGACCAAGUGAAGUUGUGGAGGAGAUCAUAUGAUGUUAAACCCCCUCCACUUGACAUAAAUGAUGAGAGGUGGCCUGGCAAACAAAGGCAGUAUGCAGCAAUGGAUCAAGGAAUGUUUCCGACGAGUGAAAGUUUGAAAGAUACCAUUCAACGAACACUGCCUUGUUGGUAUGAUCAAAUAGCACCUGCAGUUAAGAGUGGAAAAAAUGUUUUGAUUGUAGCCCAUGGCAACAGCUUGCGUGGCAUCAUAAAAUACUUGGAUAGAGUUUCAGACGAGGAUAUUGUUGACUACGAGGUUCCUACAGGCAUUCCAAUGGUAUAUCACCUUGAUGAAGAUUUGCAGCCUACCAAGCGAUAUUAUUUAGCAUCAGAUGAAGAGGUAGCCCUCGCUCAGACCUUGCUAGCCAAUCAAGGCAAGAUAAGAGAGAAAUGAACGUUUUCUAGUCCAGUUGAUAUUUGAAUUUCUAGUCUCAGGUGCUGCCACAUGAUCUCUCACGUACUAUGACUGUGUAUGUCAUGUCAUUGUUUUAACAUUGCACAAAUCUCCAAGUGCCCACUUGUUGUAGUCCAUGUUAAAUUAUUCCAUAAUUUUUUUCCUUUCCUCAAAUGCAUUUUGGUGUAUGGAAAAACUUAAUAAAUAAAAUAUGUUUCUCCCCUA